AUGGGAUAUGAAAUCUUGUCGGAGAAGUUAGGCGGAACUCCACCACAGUAUUCACGGUUACCACAACAAGAGCAAGACGAUGCCAUACGACCGGUAUCUACAAAGAUAUCACAUUCAUCAAAUAUCUUUCAAUACAUUCGAUUCAUUAUCUAUUCACUAACAGGAAUCGCAUUUAUCACAUCUUUUCUUUGGGCAGGGCCCGCUGCGCUUCGUUCAUACCUCAAUGCUCCAUCUUCCUCAUCUGCUUCAUCUACCUCUACAGACACCUCUUCUCCAACUAUUAGUCUCAUAAUCUCUUCCUCCGAAUCAAACCUUGAUCUAAAUUCAUGGACAAAAGAGCUAAAGAAAGAUAACUUGGCAAUCAUCGAAUACAACCCCCCGGCCUUCUCAAGUGAAGGCUCAGGAGCCCUCAUCUUUUUAAAGUACAUAUACGAAGCGUACGAUAAUCUCUCUGAUAUCUCCAUAUUCAUCGAAAACUGGGCACCAGCAGAAUAUACCUUCCCAUUAUCCAAAACAGACCUAAUAAAUCGUCUCGACCUCGCUACCGUCCAAUCCCGUGGCUACGUCCCCUUCUGCUUCCAGGAUGUAUCAACCUCAGGAAGCAACGAUUCUAUCAUCUCAUUAUUUCGCCAACACUUCCCAAACGAUGAAAUCCCAGAUAAAUUCACCUCUCCUUGUGAUAGUUUCGCAGUUUCAAGAGAUACAAUUCAUUCGGUGCCAAGAGAACAAUAUCUCCAUCAUGCUAAUCUACUGAAACGAACAUGUGCGACUUCUGAAGGGACAAAUGAGUGGAACACCAUGUGGAAGUAUCUACUUCUUCACGACGAUACGAAAGAAGUUACUCUUUCCAGAUCAUUGUGUAAAGGUUGGGGAAUAUGUCUAGAUGAAGGAGAAUGGGAGAAUCUCAAUGGAUUAUGGAAGGAUAUGGAUACAGCAAGAGGGAAAUUGGAGUUAAUGAAGCAAUUGGGGAAAACUUUUGAUUUGAGUGAGGAAAUUCAAGCAUUGGAAUAUGAGUUAAAGGAAUUGAGAUUUGUGGUGGAAAAUGCGAGGGAUCGUAGUAUUUGA